GGAGAGGACUUUAAACUUCCUAAUUAACCCGGUCCAGUCAGUCUCAGUGCUGCUGGAGCUGCAGGAUAUCCUGUUGAGGACGGGUCUGAAGGAUCGGAGCCGUCUGCUGCUGGGGCCUUUCUCCUGUAGCGCCGCCCUAGAGGCCAGGUGGUGUAGGCACAGCGGCAGUCCUGAACCUGAGACUGGGACCCCUAAACUACUGCUGGACCUGAAGGGAGGCCUACUGCAGGUGUUCUGGGGCCAGGAGCAUGUAAACUGUCUGCGGCUGGUGUAUGAACACCUGCAGGCCUACCUCCAGAGGAACCAGGGAUCUGGGUCAGGGACUGGGACUGGGUCUGGGUCUGGGACUGAAGAGGAAAACCCCCCCUUUGCCACCCAGUCACCCCCCUCCCCUGAAUCCCCCUCCCCCAGGACAGAACACAGCUCUGAUGACCUCCGCACCGGGCUGUUCCAGUACAUACAGAACUCAGCCAAUCAGAAACUACCUGGUCCAUAUGAGGUUGUGUUCUAUAACGAAACAGACGACAGUCCCGCCGUCAUGCUGUGGCGUUACCCAGAAUCCAGCGUGUUGACCUUCACACGCAUCACGCCAGUCCCCUUCAACACCACCGAGGACCCCGAGAUCAGCACCGCAGACCUGGGAGACAGACUGAAGGUGCCGUGCAGCCUGGAGUAUUGGGACGAGCUCCAGCACGCCUUCGUCCCCUACCGAGAGUUCAGCCUAUCAGAGAGUAGCGCCUGCGAGCUGACCCUGCCCAGCCUGACGCUGACCAAUGAGCAGAAGGAUCUGGUGACCUCUGACCUGUGGAGGAUCGUCCUCAACAACAACCCAGAUGGAGGAGACGAACAGAGUUCUGACAGUGAGUCAGGUUCUCAGCAGGGUUCCUCGGGGUCCCAGCUUCUGCCCUGUGACCAGCUGGUGUCCCCACGGCGCUGGCAGCUUGUACCCGUGUCGACUCCUGCUUCGCCCCCUGGUCCGUGCCCUCCCUGGGCGUGUCUCUCACCCUGGCACAGAUACAACUGCACCUCUACCACCACCUGGACCAGCUGGGCACAGCGCCGUCACGUCGACUCCGCCCCUUCCUGCCGGACAGGAAGUUGCCCCAGGAGCAAGAGUACCUGGUCAUCGGGGCACAGGAGCCGCGGCUGUUCCUCCGCCAGUGGAGCGGCGGCGGUAACGUCAGCGCCGCCCGGCUCUGCCAGGAGAUCCAGUUCUCCACCGAGCUGGACUGCAGACUGUUGGAGUACCGGAACUUGACUUGGCUCUCCCUAGUGCAGCCGUUCAUACUGCAGGGUCAGGCUGCGGUCACACGCUGCUCCAACAACGUCCUCCUGGACGGGAACGUCUUCGUAGACCCGGUCUUCAUCAACAUCAGCCAGAACACCGUUCAC